GAUGCGUAGCAACCACGUCGUCCUUCUGUACCUGAAUUAGCUACAAGAGCGCCGGAGGUUACUGUAGCGCCCAUAGAGAUUGACCCCCACGAAGACCCCGCGUCUCUUCGUCACAAAGCCAGAAUUGAGGGAAAUCGGAUGGGGGAAUAUUUCAAGCAGAGCAAGGAAGCAUUUACUCGCAACGAGCGAAGGCUCGCUAAACAGCUUUCUCUGAUGGGUGAGGCGCACAAAGACAACAUGGUGCGCUUAGAUAAGGAAGCCAGCACGAAAAUAUUUCAAGAGAAUAAUCAAAAAUGCAAAUCCAAUACAGUUGAUCUCCACGGACUCUAUGUCCCAGAAGCCUUGCUCCGCUUCGACGACGCUGUUCAAGAGGUUCGGGACCGUGAAGGAUUGUCACUUCGUGUGAUCGUAGGAAAGGGAAUUCACUCCGAUGGUAAGGGCCCGAAGAUCAAACCAGCAAUCCAGGAUCACGCGAAAAGUUUGGGUCUACCCAUUGAAGUCGAUCCACUCAAUGACGGCUGCCUUGUUUCCUCCCUCUUUUCAUACCCAAGGAUGUAUGAUACUGUACUUGAAGGAUAAGUGUCUUGGUGUACUUAGUGUAUGAUAUCGUGUAUGAUGUAGGCCGGCUUGUUACUACAGUUUACUGGUUCAACGACGUCGUGUAUCGAUUUAAAAAAUUACGGAGGCAAGUGCUAACUCGCCUAGAAGGAACGACUAUCUUCCUUU